CAAUUUAGACAUGUCAUUCUUUAUGAUGCAUAGCUACUUCUUAACCAGAUUAUAUAUUGGUUGGCCAUGGCCAAGGUCGAAUGUCCCGCUCACACUACUGCACACUGCAUCUGUUAUCGCCUAUCGCCCCCGCUGUGGAGAUCGCCCUUUUUCUGAAUCGACCCCUGAACCAUUGAACUCCCGGCCUGUGGUGAUUGGUAUUGGCAGCAUUGAACACCACUCCCGUCGGGAAUUCUUUUGCUCUCGAGGCCUAUAGACAAAGGCAUGUCCUUCAGUACCUUAUCCUAACCCUGGCCCGUCUCGGUACUCCCGCAACCCCUUCGAAGAUGGCGUCGACGCUGCCCUAUCGACCGUCGAACGACUCCCUGUCCACCUCCAACCCUAAAGUCAAUGGACUUCCUCGUCUCUCCCCUGCAGCCUCCUUCAUUGGACGGUCUCCAAGCGGCUCACACGCCUCUUUUCGACGCACGUCGACUGAGAAUACGGCAGGCUAUAGGGCACGGCGGUGUAAGGCGCAAUAUCCGUUGGAUUCGCCGGAGCGCCAUGUGGAAUAUAUCCUAGUGGCGUCCUUCCAUAUCGACCGGGGUCCGAUCAUGGAACACCAGUAUCCGGCGGCAAUCAGUGGCGAUGAGAGCAUGCUCGCGGAGCUGAUGCUUCCGGAUCAGACCCAUGUGCGGAGUCAGGAUUGGACCAUUUUCUUCUUGCAUAAGGACACGAGCGGCGAGGACGAGGACGAGUCGGGAGCCGGGAAGAAGAAAAAGAAAAAGAGAAAGUCAAGGUAUCGCGCCAACGAGGAGGCGGCGGGUAUGUCUGAGGAAGAUUCAGAUGAAGCCUCCGAGGAAGACAGCAGUGACGACGACGAGGGCGGGGAAGGACCGCCCUUGAUGUAUGUGCUGAACUUGGUGAACACGAAGCAGGAUAAUACUGUUCGACGUGGUGCUGUCGUCAAGGCCAUGGCAAUCUGCACGAGGCAUUCAUUCCUUCAUAUUUAUAAACCACUCUUGCUCUUAGCGCUGGAAGACUAUUUCAAAUCACCCUACCCCGAAACACUUGCGUCUCUCUAUGAUGCCGUGAACAAUAUGGAUCUCUCGUUGAUGCCGAAGAUGUCGAUCUUGGAGCGUCAGAUCUUGCAUUCCAGUAACACGAAAGACAUGUUGAUCGAGAAGUUUGAACAAAUGGUUCGCCAACGAGAAGAAGAAGAGGCAGAAGACGGAGAAUGUCCUCCAUCGCCAAAGAAGGCGAGCCGAUACGUUCUUCCUCGAGACACGCACGAAUACGAGUCCAAAGUAGUCUAUAACGACAUUCCCAUUCCCGUCAAGAUUCCCACGGCCAUCUGGCCCGAGACUGUUGGCGAUUUCUCUCUCGUCAAACUGGUACAGACUUUCGCUGGGCCUCAUGCCACAUCCCCGCAGCCCUUCCCGAGCCACCCUCACUUGACGACCAGCGGCCCCUUUACACACCCCAUCAUUGUCCUUAUCAACGCCAUCCUCACGCAAAAACGAGUGAUUUUCCUAGGACACAACCGGCCAUCAGGCGAGGUGGCGGAAGCUGUUCUCGCAGCUUGUGCACUUGCUUCCGGUGGAAUCCUACGCGGGUUCACUCGACACGCCUUCCCCUAUACCGAUCUGACGAAGAUCGAUGAUCUCCUCAAAGUUCCCGGUUUCAUUGCCGGUGUAACGAACCCCACCUUUGCCAAUCAUCCCGAGUGGUGGGAUGUCCUGUGCGAUCUACCGACAGGUCGCAUGAAGAUUUCAAGCCAUGUUGAGCCUGCCCCAGUGACGGAAGGGCUCCUGUUCUUUCAGCAACAAAAUGCGUUGUUGCCAAACCAAGCUUCAAACACACACCCAGACCCAACCGGAGACAAUCUCUUUAUGGAUGACAUUCUCCGUAGCAUCAGCCAGCGCCAUGGUGAGAAUGCGAUCCGGGCGAAGUGGCGCGCCUAUAUUGUCAAGUUUACUCGAGUUGCGGCGGCAUUCGAGGAAGCUGUUUAUGGCGCUUCGAACCUCUUUAUAAUUGGACCCGGAGAGGAGUUGUCACCUGACAGCCCGACGGGCCAUCAAACAGACCCAACGGACCCGACAUCUCUCAGAGGUCACGGCUACGUUUGGCCUGAUGAGGCUUCUAAGCAACGCGAGCUUUCUGCGUCUGUCUCGCGAAUUGAGGGAUGGCGAAAUACCCGUUCAUACUACUCGUAUAUCCAAGAUAUUGCGGCGAUGUAUUACCCAUCACGGCCAAUUCAACGGCCUGAUAUCCACCAUCACCAUGACCGGCUUCGGUCCCUCAAGUUGUCCCACGCCGAAGCAGGUGCCAUCUACCUCGCGCUAUCUCACGCGGUCAAGGAUUACGCUGGUAUCUGUCAACUGCUGACCAUCGCCCCUGAGAACCAGGCAGGGCUGUUCUACAUCAGUAUGGGUCUUUUCCAUCCGGAUCAGGUUGUACGGGAAGCGACAGUGGACCUCCUCGACCGCAUUGCCGUUCACCCAGCGGGGCGACAUUUCUGGACUCACCUUAGCCGCUUUGCCAAGCUGGGCUAUUUCCGGGUGAAACGGGAACGUGAGGCUGCCCAGAGUCCUAUCUCGGGUGCUGGCUCUCCCACUGCCACAAAUCCUGGCACCAGCUUCGCUGGUGAGCCACAGAGUCUGGUGGCGGUUGCUCUUGGGGAUAGUCUCAAAAGAAGAAGUUGAUCCCGAUAACUGAAAACCCGCGACCUCCUUUUCUUCAAUUCCUGAGCGCCUUGUCUAUUGUACCCUACUUUCUGCGCAUAUAUCAUCCGACCUCUCUUGCUCAUCUGUGACGAACGUUAAGAGCCAUACCUUUCCUUUUAUCAUGACAUCUGUGAUGCAUACCUGUUUAUACUUGCCUUGCUGUUAUUGUGGAUAUACUUAUGAAUUGAUCCGACAUCAAGGGGCUCAGCUGAAUCAAAUGGUUUGAAAGCUAUAUUUACAUCGUAUCUUCCGAUAUAUCUUUACAUGAUAUACAUAUGUUCUCCCUAGCUCACUCCGAGGGGCGUGUAUGAGUACUCAUGUGCCUGCGCCUCCUAGAUCCAUCCCUUGAACAGAUCAGCGAUGGAACUCCAGUCUCCUUCCGUGUCACACCUACCGACCCGAGAUCAAUAGGAUGAGCCCUAUGAGCUUCCUCUGUCAUGACUUAGAAAACAAGCAUGGCAAGUCUAGCAGUCAUAACCGCCAAAAUGCUCGACGAGAAUCCGAAAAGCGCGAAGCGCACCAUCAUAGUGUUCGUGAUGGAUUGGACCAAGCUAUGCAAAAUGCGCGUGCCAACAUAAGUCCAGGCAAGAAUAGAGUCGGUUCCAUCAAUCUUGCCACCACGGGCAAUCGCCAGCGCCAGUGCAAUCGCGUAGAAUUGGGUUGGUUGCUCGAGAAGAUGGUUAUAGUUAUCUCUCUUCCAGCGCGCAGCGGGAGGCAGCUGCGCAUCUAUCUGGCUCUUGGUGGUCUGGCCCGUAGGUUUGAUUCGGUUAUAGGCCGGGAUAGUCACAGCGUACAUCCAAACUUCCAUGACCAAGGUCCAGCCAUUGAGGGCGGCGACGGGUCCCAGAAGGCCGGAAGCAGUGAUGCUUGACAUGUUGAAAGAGUUCAUGGAGGCCAACAAGGAGUAUAAAUUGUGAAUUUCACGAUCGAUUUUGCUCGACAGAUGGGCUGGGAUGAGAUAUGAAGGGCUUUCCAGGGGUUAUAUACGGGGCCCAUGACUCAGGCAGAUGAAUUUAUGCCCCUCAACCCUUACCGAAAUGGCAUGGUCGG